AAGCUCAAUUUGAACACAGACGGAAAAGUAGCAUUUUUAAAUUAAUAUUUACAUAGUUAUAUGACACAAACUAUUAGUCAUUGCAAAUAAUAACGAUCAUUUGUAUUUUCCUGUAAUAAAACUAUGAUUACUGUGGUUAAAAUGCCUGGGUCAACUUUGAGCGAAAAUAUAUACGAAAAUGGAGAAAAUAAUAAUUCUUUAAAAGUGAGUUCUGGUAAAAAUGGCCUCAUUGAAACUCUGGUUUCAAAACCAAUCGUCAUAUGGAACAAAAAAGUACCUGAUACAGAAAUGGAUAAAUUCAAGAGAGUUAUAGAAGAAAAAUACAACCAACAUUUUGGAUCGUAUUGGGAGUUCCACAAGUGGUCAGUAGAUAACUACAUAGACUGUUGGGAAGAAAUCUGGCAUUAUUUUGGAGUUAUUGGAUCAAAAUCUUAUGAUCAGGUUUUGGUCAAAACUGGAAAGGGCUUCUUGGAUAAUGAUUGGUUCAGUGGAGCGAGAUUCAACUAUGCCGAGAAUAUUCUCAGAAUAAGAGACAGUAGAGUCGCUCUUGUGUGUGCUGAUGAAGAUGGAAAUGAAGAAGCAGUCACUUUUGCCGAAAUGUUUGAAGAAGUGAAAUUGUAUGCAUCGGCACUACGAAGUCUCGGCGUUAAAAUGAACGAUAGAGAAUUAUUCCGACUUCAAAUCUUUACGUGUUUCUGCUCUUUGUCAGUAAAUCUUUUUUCAUUUCAGGCUGCUUCAAAUGUGUUGAGCACAAUGGAACCAAAAGUUCUUUUCACAGUCGAUGAGCAUAGCGAUAAUGGUGUUAAAUUCCAUCCAAUAGAUAAUCUUGAAGAUAUAGUCAACAAUACCCCAUCAUUGGAAAAAGUUGUCAUUGUACACACCAAUGAUAAAACAUUGUCUCGGGACAUUUCAAACAUCAGAAACAGCUGCUUCCUGGAAGAGUUUUUGGAAUGUGGUAAGACGCCAGAUGGAACUACUCCAGAUAUUGUUUUUGAACAAUUACCCUUCAACCAUCCAAUAGUUAUCAACUUUACAUCCGGAACCACUGGACUUCCAAAGGCUCCUCUCCAUUCGGCUGGAACGUUCUUGGCUGAAUUAAGAGAUUUCGCUUUUCAUCUGAAUCUGAAAUCUGGAGAUACCAUUUAUACAUGCUAUCCUGUAGGUUGGACUCUUUGGGAUACGAUGAUCCCUCCCCUUGCUCUGGGGGUGAAGCUAUACCUGCAUGCCGGAUGCCCGCAUUACACGGAGAAGGGUGCCAAUGUAUGGGACAUCUUUUCCAGGCACAAGGUCACUUUUGCUUUUAUCGUCACGUGUAUCGUUGACAGACUAGAAAAAGAAAACAUCAUGCCAAAACCUGGUACGAAUUUGGACUGCCUGAAGGUCAUAGGAAUCGGAGGUAGUCCAGUGAAAAGACAAAACUUUGAAUACUUGCGUAAAGUAAAAAGUGAUGUAUUUGUUGGAAGCAUGUACGGUGCUACGGAAGUGUUUGGUGCUUUUUCGGGAUUCGAAUUUAAUACCCCUUCAUAUGGCGGAGAAAUACAAGCUCCUGCUCUUGGAGUGGAUAUAAAAUGCUACGAUGAAAAUGGACAAUCUGUCGUUGGGGAGAGAGGAGAAUUAGUAGUGGCGACGCCAACUCCGUCUUUUCCUGUUUUCCUAUGGAAAGAUAUUGAUAACAGGAGAAUGAAUGACACCUAUUUUUCUAAGUAUGAAGGUGUGUGGUCUCAAAACGACGAAUGUUGGAUAAAUCCUAAAACGCAUGGAAUAGUUGUGAUCGGAAGAAGCGAUGAUACUUUGAAACAACAUGGAGAGCGAUUCGGUUCCGGAGACAUCUAUUUUGCAAUCCAUCAGAUGGAAGAGCUGCAAGAUUACAUCUGCGUAGGUCAAGAUGGAACAGACGGAGACACAAGGGCAGUUCUGUUUGUGAAGCUGAAGAAAGGUCAUACUUUCACGCCUCAGUUAAAGAAAAAGAUAGCCGACACAAUCGACAGGGAGUUAUGGGUGGACUACGUACCGGAAGUCAUCUUGGAAACUCCGGACAUUCCAUAUAAUCUUAAUAACAAGAGGAUGGAAAGCGUAGUGAGGAGGAUAAUUUCAACCAAUCAAAUUCCAGAUACGAUGAACAUCAAGAAUCCUGGUUGUUUGCAAUAUUUCUGUAAUAUUCCAGACCUGUUGAACUACAAGGGAAAUUAUUAAGUUCAUUCAUAAAAACUGACAUUUCACUCAUCAUCAUCUAUUAAUCAUUGAUAAAAUCGUUGUUUUCACUCAAAUCCAGAGAAAUUAUCUAAUAUUAUAUAUGUUAUGAACGUUAAACGUUGUGGUAUUUAAAUUUUAUAUUUGUAUCUAUAAUCAUUUUACUGGCUAUUUAUGUACUAAUAAAUUUUGUAAGAUUUAUAUUUUAUAAAUAAAAAGUUUCUUACAUUU